AUUCUCGGCAACUCUUGGUUUUCUUGGUUUCUUGGUUUUUUCCAAUUUUCUUCGGCCUUUCUCUCGUCUGGCAUCAUGAGCCAGCCAGCAUACACGGCCCUUCCACGGCAAGAGAUCGAGAUUGACCAUGCGACCAAUGCAAUCGGCAGCGUUUCUUCUCGAUCGAGCCUCGAUUCCCUCGUGCUGCCGCCUCCUCCUCCCAGCCCUUGGAAAGUAGCCGCAAUCAAGCUUCAGGAAAUCUUGAUACCCAGCUUCCUACAACACGAUGCCUCUGCGGAAGAACGGCCAAGCCAAUCUGGCACACGCCAAGCUGGAAGCAGCCGGAUCAGUACCGAUUGGCUAGAUGGUCUUCGCGGUGUGGCCUCGUUCUUCGUCUUUCUCUUCCACCACACAAUGUAUGGGCACCCUGGCCUCCUGUGGGCAUAUGGUGGCCCUGGAGAGAACAAACGUCUGCUUAUACAGCUACCCUUCAUACGACUCAUUGUUCACGGCCGCGCAAUGGUGGCCAUAUUUUUCGUCAUUUCCGGAUAUGCCCUGUCGUUCUCACCUUUGAAGUUCAUACACAAGCAAGAUCACGGAACACUUUUGAAGAGAUUGUCAUCAUCAGUCUUCCGUCGCGGCAUGCGACUGGCCAUUCCCAGUUUUACUUCCCUCUUUCUUCAUUACCUGGCCCACCUAUCGAAUAUCUCACCAAAGAGACACAAAGGGGCAACAUUUCGGUCUGACACGAAGGCCCUGUUACAUGAUAUUGAUCGGAUCGUGAAUCCAUUCACAUUGGUAACUAGCAAUGGCGGAUUUCACUUCAACGGACACCUUUGGACAAUCCCGAUCGAAUUCCGCGGAUCAAUGAUCCUAUUCGUAACUAUCCUGGGCCUUGCGCGGUGCAGAGCCUGGGUUCGAAUGGUAACUGUGGCUGCCAUAUGUGUCUACUUCAUGGCAAAAGAACAAUGGGCCAUGGCCUUGUUCCUGGCGGGGAUUGUCGUGGCAGAAAGCAAUCUCUUGUUGCUCUCUGAGCCCGCCAGCAGCAGCGAAACAGAAACAACCUGGACUGAAGAUCUCGACCUGGAGAAGGCCCAUGGUAUGAUGCCGUGGUAUCGAAGGGCCAGCAGUAAGGUCAGGAAAGCUGGCCUGAUCUUCAUCUUGAUCUUGGGGCUGUACAUUCUUUCGUACCCGAACAAGGGAGCAGAUGCUACUCCAGGAUGGAUGUGGAUGGCGAGUUUCUUCAAGAAAAACCCCGCUUACGGAGUGAAUGUAUGGUUAUCGAUCGGAGCAACCACUGUUGUCUCGGCUAUCAGCUUCAUCAAGGGAUGCCAAGGCGUCCUGGAGACACGGCCAAUCCGGUACCUGGGCAAGAUAUCGUUCGCCCUGUACCUGGUACAUGGCCUCGGAAAUCAGUUGAUUGGGAAGCCUCUGAUAGAUUUCAUGUGGAACAACUUCACUGGCACAGAGCCCGGGUUCUGGAAGGAAUUUGCAUGGUUGUCUGCAAUCGCCAUUUACAUCCCCAUCCUCAUCUGGCUUGCCGAUAUCUUUUGGAGGCUGGUGGAUGCACCUUCAGUUACUUUUGCAAAGAUGGUUGAGGGCAAAUGUUUUGCUUAA